UUCGCCCAGUGACACAAAACAGCCCGUGUUAGCUUAGUUCACUUUGACCCAAAUAAAAUACGGAAAUUGAACACUCCGUAUUGAAUCACAAUAGAUCAAAACGAAUUGAAUGCACUGAAUUGUGUACCGAAUCCAACGGAAACGCCCCUAUAUGCACAGUCGUCCGGCACACGCCAGUGGUAUAUGGUACAGCAUAGAGGCAGUAUAUUUACACAGUGGGAGUCACGGACUGUGUGAUACGUAUCAGAGCCCUCCAUCAGCCAUGAAACAUCUUACUGCGAAAGAGAAGAAGGUGUACACGGAUGUUUUUAAUGAUGUUGAUGUUAACGGCGAUGGGUGCAUAUGCAAAUCGGAGAUCGGGCAAUUGUGUGUGAAGUUGGGGUUUGUUUUCGACGAUUCACAAGUCGAGCAACUAUUUACUGAGCUUGACAAGGACAACAGUGGUACAGUGACAUUAGACGAGUUCCUGUCUGUCAUGCAGCCAAUCAAGAAAGAGAAAAAAAGAUGUGCUACAAUCAGGCGAAUGUUUAAAAAGGCAGACAUCAACAAAGAUGGCUUCCUUACUGCAGACGAACUCCAGGUUGCUUUGUCGUCCGCUGCGGAUGAGGGUGUGGAGCCACUUCCCAUGAGCGAAGUGCAACGUCUCAUCAGCUCCAUCGACACCAACGGCGACGGUAAACUCAACUAUGAAGAGUUUCUGCUGCUACUCAAGCCUGUUGCAACAUCGUCAUGACACAGACGUCAGCUCGGUGUUAAAUCGCUACCUGUAUUUAAUAUAUAAACUGCUUGUUUUUUGUAAA